UCGACAUUAUGGCGUCGCUCACAGACAUGUUUCCGCGGUAUUGAAAGGAAGGAUUUGCUGUAUUUAUCUUCUUAGCUUAUUGAUUAAACUCAUUCGGAGAAUAAACUCAUUGUUUGCUAAUAUUUGGAAUAUAGUAUAGAGUAUAAACAGUAUAAUAAAUAUUGUAUAAAGUUAUUCAUAAGUAUUGUAUAAAUCAUGUAUCCCAUAUGCUUUAAACUUAUAACUAAUAGAACUCAAAUAUAUGCUACAAGAAAUUUUUCAAAUAGCGUUCUUUCAAAACAUUUUCUUUCUCAAUGUAAAAAACCUGAGAAACAAUCGCAUAAUAUGAAACUUAAAACAUCAAAUUUUCAUACUACACCAAAAAUGCAAUCCUCUGGACUUUUAGCCCUAAGUAUUGCAUCAAUGGUAUCUGGAUGUUAUGUUAGAGGUUGGUGGUUGAGGAAAACUCCGAUGCAACAAGAAGAAAUUUUAAAAUGGUAUAAGAAUAGACGGCACAUAAUUCAUGGUUCUUUGGUUGUACUAUCUUUAAUUAUCAUUGCUUACUGUUCAACAUUUGUUAAGAGAGAUCCAAUAGUAAACAGUCCACGUUUUGUAAUAUAUAACAAAGCACAACAAGCUCAACAGGCUAAUAUGCUUUUUAAGUUGAUAGUACGUUCCAAGGAUAAUGUAGUACCUUUAAGUAAUCCUAUGUAUCCGAGAAUCAAAAAAGUAAUGAAGAAUCUGGCAAGGGCUAACAGAGAUAUAUUUAAACAUACUAAUUGGAAUAUUACUAUAGCUAAUCGUAUGUUUGAUCUGAUAUCAGUUCCUACUAUUAUGGUUUUAUCAGAUGGAAACAUUAUUGUUUUCUCUGAUAUCUUCAAAUUCAUUAAAAAUGAUGAUCAGUUAACAUUUAAUUUAGCUCAUGAAAUGGCGCAUCAAAUGCUUCUACAUCCGUUAGAAGCAUUGUCCUAUGAAUUGGUAAGAAAUCUUACAGUUGAUGCGAUUUGGUUCAUACUUUUUGCACUUUAUCCAUUGUGGAAUGCAGUAACAUUCUCUAUGCUUGUCUAUAUAUUUUCUAUGAGUAUCUUUUGUUGGUACAAACGACGCUGCGAAAUUGAAGCUGACAAAAUAGGAGUUGAAUUAUCUGCAAAAAGUUGCAUUGAUUUGAGAGAAAUUUUGGUAUUUUGGGAACUUAUGAAAAAAUACAGAGAUGUGAUUAGUCAUGGCCAAUUAUUUGAAAUACCAUUUUUCAACAUACACCCUUCUAUAGAAGAGAGGAUAAAGAGAAUAAGCGAUGAGCUACCGAGAGCUUUGCAAUUACGAUUUCAAGCAGAGUGUCCAGAAUUACCAGACGAGGAUCCGAGAAAUAAACUUCCUCAGCUUCUAAGAGAUCUCGAAGAUGAGUUGAAGACCGAUCUCGGUUCUCUCAAAAUACAUUUGUAAACUCAUGUUUUUUUGUACGCAUAAAUCAAGAAUAAUAAAACUAUACAUUUAUACGUCUAUAACGUAA